AUGCCAACCGGCCUAAAGAACCUCGCCCCUGAACUCGUGGGGAGAAUCCUUCACUUCCUCGAUACUAGAUCACUCGUACACACGUCGCAGUCAGACUUUGCACUUCGCGCCGCUUCAGAAGUGGAGCUACGAAACAGGGUCGCUAGCGAAGUCGGGAAGCACGUCACCAACCCCAUAGCCUUACUUCAAAAGCUAGGAGAAGUUGGGGGGAUAAUCUCCGGAUCUACGGCCUUGGCAGUGGCGCUUGCCGGCUCACAGUGGGAUAACGUUGGAGGAUGGCAGAAGAAGAGCGACCUCGACGUAUACCUCGGUAGCGAAGAAUCGCUGCCAGAUGUUGUCGCAUACUUGCAAGCCUCGGACGGCUACGAGAAAGCUGAACUUCAAGAGAAGGACCUGGAGGCGUACUGGGAGGACAUUGCCCGCAUACGAUCAAUCACGCGACUUCGUAGCCCAAAAUAUGCAACUCACGUCGAUGUCAUAUGCACUGCGGGAGGCGCAGCUACACUCGCGUUACCCGCGUUCUGGGGAACACUCGUUAUGAACUUCAUCACCAGUUCAAGACUCGUUAUCUUGUACCCACGACAGACGUUGGCGGGGAGAGGUUUUACAAAUGACGGUACACUUGUCGAACGAACGCAGACCUGCCAGCAAAAAUACGAGAGGAGGGGCUUCAAUGUCAGCGCCUAUCAGCACAACGAGGAAAACUGCACGGACAUCAAUAGUUGCUGUCCAUCAACCUUGCGGUAUACCGAGGAUCCACAGUGCCUGAGCCUUUCGUGGGACACCCGAAGUACGGAUACAGCCUCUGGCUGUCGUGCCAACUCCGCAUCGUUCAAGAGCGCAGCAUUUGCAGUUUCCCCAACCUUUUGGCGCUGGUCUGGUUGCGAGGUUUUAGUGCCGGAUACUUCUACGAUAGGGUAUAUGGCUGGCAGACUUUGA